AUGCUAGCAAGUCAGUAUUAUUGUUUCGGGGCCAUCUAUGAUGAUCACUUGCUGCUACCAUGGCGAUUUUUCAAUUGGAAAUUCGAGGAGAUAAACAUACCAAAGGAAAUCGAAUCGAGGGGCGUUAAUGAUCCUGGUGUGCUUCCUUAUUAUCCGUAUCGUGACGAUGCCACGGCUUUAUAUGAUAGCAUUUUCGAUUAUGUUGGAAAAAUAGUUAAAAAUCAUUAUGAUUAUCCAGAGAAAAUAUCGCAAGAUAUAGAAUUACAGAACUGGAGGAAGGAACUCGUGCGAGAAAAGAAAGACGGAGGAUGUCAACUACAAGGAGUACCCGGAACUGAAAAUGGUUUCGGUAGCAGACUCCAAAUCACCGACACUAUUACGAGUAUUAUCGCUAACUGUACCAUAUUUCACGCAGCUGUUGACAUACCUCAAUUCGAGGAAUGUGCUUUUGUACCAAAUUAUCCUUUACUAUUGACGGGUCCUAUACCUAGAAGCAAGAGUGCUUUAUCGGAAAGUGAAAUCGUCGAACAACUUCCGAAUGUUUGCACCAUUAAGGAAAUUAUUAAUGUUGUGAAAAUUUUAAGUGGAGAUAACAAAAGUCGCUUAGGAUACUCGAAAAGUGUUUACCUCUUGCAAGAAAAUGAUAUUUCCGCACAUAAAGAAUUUCUGGAAGAGCUUUCUUAUUUAAUAAAUUCAUUCAAGAAACGUAACGAAUAUCGAAAAUAUGCUUACACUUGGAUGAAUCCCGAAGUUAUACCCGAUCAUAUUAUUGCAUGAUUUAUACUACAAUAAAAGCCAAUGCGGUAUUAAUCCGUCGAUAAAAAUUAUAUAUCUUGUAAUAAUUUUAAUAUUUUCAACUGGAACUGGAAACUUUAAAUUGAUUUCACGUUAUAAUUCAAUAAGUAUAUAUAAUGUAUUAUUUAUAAAUAUGAUAGAAGUUAUUUAAAAAAUAAAGGUGUUAAGUCAAGUAGUGCCAUCUUUCGGACUA